AACAGGUUAAAUUAUUAUAGCAAUUCGUCGUCUGUUGAAUUCGCCGCGUAGGCGAUUCUGGGAAGAACAGGCAAAUCCCACCUCAAAUAGCUGCUUCUCAAGCUAACAGUGGGGCGUCCGAGAGUAGGCGCACCAUCCACGGCUGUACCGAUUAUGCCGGCUCGCCAAACAAUAGUAAUCGUCUCUGUAGUCUCUUUACUUCUGCUGUAUCUUUUUGUCCAUCAUACCACAUCAUCUCACAAACCGUCUGUACCCAAUGUACCAUCUCGUGGCGCCGGUGAAGCGGCCUACAGGCAAAGGCUAGUAGCUGUUGGAGAUCUACAUGGCGACAUUGACAAUGCCAAGAAGACCCUUCAAAUGGCCCGGAUAAUUGACGACGACUCCAAAUGGGUUGCUAGCACAGACAUCCUCGUUCAAACAGGAGACAUUGUAGACCGCGGAGCUUACGCAGAUGACAUUUAUCGAUUGAUGCAGUCAUUGAGAGGCCAAGCUGCAAGUCAAGGAGGCAAGGUUGUCAGUAUACUAGGCAACCACGAGGUGAUGAACGCCAUAGGAGAUUGGAGGUACGUAACCAAGGGCGACAUUGCCAGAUUUGGGGGCACGAAAUCCAGGCAGCAUGCUUUAUCAGCCGAAGGAUGGCUGGGACAGGAAUGGCUGGCAAAUUAUUCGACAACAGCACUCGUCCCCAUUUCACCUUAUCCGUCUUCGCCUACAUUUUCUUUCACUCAUGGAUCCCUUCGUCCUUCAUAUGCGAAUCUCACUCCCUAUCCUGCAGCCAUAAAUGAUCUCGGUCAUUCCCUUUUGACCAAAGCGCUCACGCCUCCUAUGGCGCCACCAUACCCUCCCAACCCUUACUCCGGAUUGCCCAAGGGUACAACGCACGAAGAAGCCGAUUUGUAUGCUGAGGGUGGACCGUUGUGGUGGAGAGGUUUAGCUGAAAGGGAGGAAGCGCAAGUAUGUGAGUGGGCGAAGAAUUUGAAGCAAAAGAUUGGUGCAAGGAGGAUAAUUGGGGGUCACACACCCAACUUUGAAAAGAUUGUGGCAAGAUGUAAUGCGUCCGUCAUUAUCAUCGACACUGGUAUCUCUUCGGCAUAUGGGGGGGUUCUCUCCGCCCUUGAGAUCGUUUACACGUUAACACCGGUUGAUCGUCGUGGACGAGACCACAGUCAAGAUCCUCUUUUGCUUUCUACCAGUAGCGAGUCCAUAGCAGGUUUGAAGGGACGAUUCGUUGAAAGAGAGGAAGUUCAUGCCAUCUAUGAACAUUCAAGAAAGUGGCUGGCUCUUGAAGAGAGGGAAGUUGUGCUGGAUUAAACCAUCUAUCUAUAUUGGACUUGCAUAUUGCAUCGAGUCGACUAUGUAUAUCAUAUUCACUCC